UUAUAAACGUUGGCAACAUAGUCGAUGCUCCCAUAUUUGAGGCAUGCCAGCGCUGUAAUGUAAUUUCUUUUUCUCUCGUUUAUAAUACAAUAGAAUUGCUAGUGUAGUACAUACCUUCUAGUCAGUAUGUACGAGUAUGUAUUCAAGGUGAAACUUACAUUAUUGGGACAACGUCAUUGAUACAGCAUGGUCCUCCUAGCAUAACACAUUUUCAUAGACACACAAACUGAAAAAAUUGGUAUUUGACAGUUGUCUGAAAUUUUUAAUGAUUAAGGGUGAUUCUACAAAAAAUUGGUAACUCAAUUAGUCUAAUCAUAUUAGCAAAUUUCCCCGAAAUAAUUGUAAAGUCUGGUUUUAUUGGUGCAAGUUGUUCAAGGGUGUAUUCAAAACAUGGGCGCAUAAAAUGGGUACACCAAUUUUUGUGGGAAAACUUUUUAUUUGGCAACGAAUAAUGAGAAAGCGUGUUUUUUGGAAUUCAAUCGAAAGUGUUGACAGCAACGAAACUUUUCAUACAUACAAUUUUUAGGUAUUUAUGAGAUCUACAAAAAGAUCCGGCUAAUAGCAAAAAUGUUAUGGCCGAACAAAGAGGAAAAAAGGAAGGCGUCGACUAUCGACGGGCGUCGUAAAGGGGCAUGUCUCUUCUGCCAGGAGUACUUCAUGGAACUGUACUUACUGGCCGAGCUGAAGACCAUCAGCCUUAAAGUGACCACAGUGGACAUGCAAAAACCACCUCCCGAUUUUCGUACCAAUUUUGAAGCAACCCCACCGCCUAUUUUAAUCGACCGCGGCAUGGCCAUUUUGGAAAACGAGAAGAUCGAACGACACAUCAUGAAAAAUGUCCCUGGAGGACAUAACCUAUUCGUACAGGACAAAGAAGUGGCGACCUUGAUCGAAAACUUGUACACGAAGUUCAAGAUGUACAUCCGCAAAUUCGAAUCGCCCGACACGACGGAAAACCGGCAACCACUGCUGUCGCAGUUAGAGCGCAUCAACGAUUUCCUGGCGAAGAGGGGCACCCGUUUCUUGACGGGAGACACCAUGUCCUGCUUCGAUUGCGAGCUCAUGCCCCGGCUGCAGCACAUUAGGAUCGGCGCGAAGGCUUUCAGGAAGUUCGACAUACCCACCAAAUUCACGGCCCUAUGGAGGUACAUGGCAAACAUGUACGAGCUGGAGGCAUUCAUCCAAAGCUGUCCGGCUGACCAGGACAUCAUCAGCCACAUCAAGAAUCAACUAGGGCUCCGCACCACGGCCCGAAUAGAGUUGGAAACCCCAGUGUAUACGACAGCCAUACCGGUGCUCGCGACAGAGUCGUAAACUGAACAACAGGCCAACUGAUGCAUACAUUUAAAUAGUAUACACGCUGACAAAUGUUACUGAGAUGGAUUUUGACAGAAAUAUGUUCUAGAGAUUUAACUCAGAUAAUCGUUUUUUUAAUGUCUUCCUUGUCUUUAAACAUUAAAAAUAGGGUUGACCAAUAAUCUACGAGUUAACUAGGGGUUUGUGGUUAAACCGCAAUGCCUAACCUAUUUUAUCUGACAGUGACUCUUGUUACAAUACGCAGAAUACGCUACUUCGGCUCGUAGAAGCCGCGUCGUCACAUCGCCAUCUGUGUAUUUUUUAACACUGGUUAACCUGAACUUGAAAAAUAAAUUUAACCUCAGUUAACUGCAAAGAUUAUGGUUAGUUAACCCGAAUGUUAACUUGUGACUGAAAAACUGGUCAUAAGUCUUAUGUACAUGUGGAUUAUAAUCUUAUAACUAUGGAGUCCAUAAUGCUAAUCUUCCUUGUGCUAUAUAUUCAGUUAUUAGGCUGAAUUAGAUAUUUUGAGUCGCAUCCAAGAGAGAAUGGUAAAAUAGUGAUCAAUACCAGCUGAUAGGUAAACAUUGUGAGAGUUGUGACUUUACAAUAUAUUAUAUUUUGUGGUACAGGUUGCGCUUUUUUUAAUUGGAAUACCUAUUAUUUUAUAUUUCCAUAAUUCUUCAUGUUUUAAUAUAUUGGAAAUAGUAUAUCCCUUUCUGUUUAUAAAUAUUUCUGUUAAAAUCCUAAAGAACCUACAGCGGUUUCUUUUGCAUUGCUAUGGAAGAGGAACCACUUCUACACGCGUGCUAUUCUUAUUUAAACAUAGACCUAGUAAGAGGGAAAAGCUUGAGAUUGCUUUUUUCUUCUACAGGAGUUUCCAUAUAGAGACGGCUUUGUCAUUGAAUGACAAACAGCCAUUAUUGAAAAAAAUGCAUUUUCACAAUGUGAUCAGAAGAAUAUUUAUAUGUUAUAUCAAUUGUUUUCUCUUGUGUAUAUACGGCGAUUUGUUGUUUCUUACGCAGUAUUUCAGUUUUUAAGUUUCCUUUAAAGUUCAUUUCUGCAUUUCGCUUAUUCUCUCCUGGUUGAAUAUCACUAGAGUUCAAUGUCUAUUUUCUUUAAGUCUUAGGUAUUAUAUUGGAUUUAAUUUUUUAUAGGUUUGAAGAGUAUAUUAUUUGUAUAAUUUUGUUUUGACACAAUACAUGUACAAGUUGGGAUAGAUGUUUCCCCAAGAUCUUCUGAAGUUCUGGGGAAGCGCUUUCGAGGAGGUCUAUAGUAAAAUGUAUAAAUAUACUAUUUAUACACGAUGUUUUUAAUACAUUCUUUUUGAAGGAAAUAAAUUUAUAACCGCAAAUACAGUUGUUGAAUUACUA